AUGAAUACAUCCUUGGACACUAUUCGACAUUACUUACAUGCAAAUGCUGAACUGUCUGGUAAGGAAAAGCUCACAGCGACAUCAAUUGUCGGCUGGCUACAAGAAGCUGGUGCAAACCGCAUCGUUACUGGAUUAGGUGGACAUGGAGUUGCUGGAGUAUUCAGUGGUUCUAAAACAGGACCAAGAGUGAUGCUACGUGCUGAGCUUGAUGCUUUACCGAUCACUGAAAAAGAAGAUGGACGAGAGUGGCGUUCACAAAAUGAGCAUGUCGCUCAUAGCUGUGGUCAUGAUGGACACAUGACUAUAUUGCUUGGUAUCGCUAAAAAACUCGUCAGCACAUCUCCUGUUCGUGGCGAAGUAGUAUUACUCUUUCAACCUGCCGAAGAGACUGGAGCUGGUGCGAGAGCUGUGAUUGAGAGUGAAAAAUUCGAUACAUCACUGUACCCUGAUGUUGCUUACGCUCUGCAUAAUCAACCUGGACGUCCCUUUGGUGAGAUCUCGAUACGUGAAGGAUCGUUUGCUUGUGCAUCGCGUGGUAUGAUUAUUAGACUACAUGGUUACUGUUCCCAUGCUGCUCAUCCAGAACAAGGACUCAGUCCAGUUCGUGCAAUGUGUCGAUUGUUAGAAGCACUAGAGCAACUACCACAAUCCUUACCGACAUCUAAAGAUCUUCGGUUGGUAACAGCAGUUCAUGCCCAACUGGGUGAAGUGACAUUUGGUACAACGCCUGGUGAAGCAAUAGUUAUGGCCACACUGCGAACAGCUACCGAUGUUCUAAUGCAACCGUUGGUAAAAGCUGCGCAUGACCUAAUCGAACGAGUAACACAAGAAGCAGGACUCACGUAUGAUAUUGAGUUUAGAGAUAUAUUUGCCGCAGUAAUCAAUGAUCAACAGGCAACAACAGAUGUAAUUCAUUGUGCACAGAAAUGUGGAAAAAUGUUAACAUUAUUAGAAGCAACCAAUCGCUGGUCUGAAGAUUUUGGUGUCUAUUCUACUGUGUGUCGCUGUGCUAUGUUUCUCUUAGGUGCAGGUGAGACGGCUCGUGUUCUUCAUGAUUCGGCUUACGACUUUCCGGAUGCACUCAUUGAGCAUGGAGUGGAAAUGUUUUGGGCAUUGUUAAAUGAGCAGCAGUUGUUUGCUGAUUGA